AUGCCAAAGGGAAGGAUAAAAAUAGAGCCCAUAACUAAUAGCUCUGCUAGGAACCAAACUUUCAGGAAGAGGAAGAAAUGUUUACUCAAAAAAGCCAACGAGCUGUCGACUCUCUGCGGUGUCAAAGUUUGUGCGGUUAUCAACAGCUGCGACAAUACGGAGCCGCCGGAGUUUUGGCCGUCAAAGGAAGGCGCCGAAAAAGUGCACUCGGCGUUUAUGGGUGUUCUGCCGGAGGAACGGUGCAAGAGGAUGUACGACCAGGAGAGGAUCCAGAAAGGACAAGAUCCAGAAAGGACAAGAUAG